GCAAGUCCAACCAACACCGCUAAAAUGCCCGCCAUGAAGCGCAAAUUGAAUGAGCACGAUGUGCCCGAAGCUACCGAGCAGCCUCCCUUGCCAGAUUCCACAUUUGCGUCCUUCGGACUCGAGCCUAGACUACUCCGAGGAAUCCGGGACCAGAAAUGGGCUGCUCCGCAACCUAUUCAGUCCAAGGCUAUCCCUUUAGCGCUCGAAGGAAAAGAUAUUCUCGGUCGUUCGGGUACUGGCACUGGGAAGACCGCCGCCUAUCUUCUCCCCAUCCUGCACAAUAUACUCCGCCGAAAUCAACGCGAAACCUCCGCCCUCAUUCUUACGCCGACAAAGGAACUGGCCUCCCAAAUCACAAAAGUUGCAAAGUCGCUGGCCGCUCAUUGCGGCGAUAGCAUUAGGGUACAGAACAUAGCGGGCAAGGAAUCGGCAGUUGUGCAGCGCGCACAGCUCGCCGAGCUUCCGGAUAUUGUCGUGGCCACGCCAGCCCGUGCAAAUGCGAACAUGAACAAUGGAGCGCUUUCGUUGAAGAAUCUUGCUCACUUGGUUGUUGACGAGGCAGAUCUUGUCAUGGGUUAUGGCUUCCAAGAGGAUCUAGAAAACAUUGCGAGAAACAUCCCUCAAGGUGUACAGGUUUUCCUCAUGAGUGCUACACUCAACACCGAACUCGAGACACUUAGCGGCCUCCUCUGUCGUGACCCCGUCAUUCUCAAGCUAGACGACUCGGAAAACGAUUCGCAACGUGUUAAACAAUAUGUAAUCAAAUGCGGGGAAGAGGAGAAGUUUCUGUUGAUAUACGCGCUAUUCCUCUUAAAGCUGAUUAAGGGAAAAACCAUCGUGUUUGUUGCAGACGUUGAACGGUCAUACAGGGUCAAGCUCUUCCUGGAACAGUUCUCCAUCAAAAGCUGCGUCCUGAACUCGGAACUUCCUUUGACAUCUCGUCUCCAUAUUGUCGAGGAAUUCAAUAAGAACAUCUACGACAUUUUGAUUGCUUCGGACGAGAACGAGAUCUUGGGGGCGAGGGAGAAGGAUGAUUCUAAGCCACCGAAGAAGAAAGCAAAAGGGGGCAAGCAAGACACAGGUGUUUCCCGGGGAAUCGAUUUUCUCAACGUGUCCAAUGUUCUGAACUUUGACCUCCCCACCUCCUAUAAAUCCUACUUCCACCGAAUAGGUCGCACCGCGCGCGCAGGUAAAUCUGGCACUGCUAUAAGCUUCGUUAUCCCAAAGGAGAAAUACCGGAAACACAAACCCACCACGAUUCCGCAGUGCGAGAACGAUGAGGAGGUUUUGCGAAAGAUUGAGAAGCACCAGAAAGAUGGACAAAAACUGGAGGAUUACGGCUUCGACAUGAAAAAGCUGGAGCCAUUCCGGUAUAGAUUUGCUGAUGCUUUGCGAGCCGUUACCCGGAUUGCGGUUCGAGAAGCGCGAGUCAAGGAGCUGCGGAGUGAGCUUUUGAAGAGCCAGAAGCUCAGCAGAUAUUUCGAGGAGAACCCAGAGACAGCAGAGCAGCUACGGCACGAUCAGGUUCUACACCACCCAGCGCGGAUUCAGUCGCACCUGAAACAUGUGCCAGAUUACCUGUUACCGGGAGGCAGAAAACCGGAAGAUAUAGGCUUCGUGGGAUUGGAGAAAGAGAGGACGGAUAAGCGGAGGAUAGUGAAGCGGAAAGGAAGGGUGGUAAGGGCAAGAAACGGGAAGGUCGACCCUCUCAAAACCUUCAACAAGAAGGGUCGUGGGAAGAAAUGA